AUGUCAUUCGAAAGACUGCAAAGAGACUUGCACGAGGCUAUUGAAGGUGUUAACCGGUAUAAUCCGGAAAAUGUAGCGGAACUGGCGGCUUGUGUUCAGGCCAUGGUGGCCGAAAACAAAUACGAUAAAGAUAUCGUCCUCACCAUUCUCAAGCUCUACCAGCUCAAUCCAGAAAGAUACGACGAAAAUGUGGUUCGACAGGUGCUUCUCAAGACUUUGAUGGUGCUUCCAUCGAGUGACUUCGCUCUUGCCAAGUGUUUGAUCGACACUAACCGUAUCGGAUCUCAAGAACUUCGUCGUAUUUUCGAUUUGGGAGCUGUUCUCGAGUCAUGCAAUUUCGCUGUUUUCUGGAAGCUCAUGAAAGGAACGUACAAGCCAACAACAAAUCCAAAUGAGCCAUUCAAAGUCCCAGCAGAGAUUUCAAAGAUGAUCAAACCAAUGGCUGGCUUCGAAGACGCAAUCAAACAUUAUGCUUGCCGUGUUAUCAGUGUGACGUUCCAAAACAUCGAAAAGAAGCUGUUGAGUAGUCUUCUCGGUGGAGCCAGUGAUAAAGAAGUUACUGCUCUAGCAAAGAAGUUCGGCUGGGAGACCAAAGAAAACGGAGAGGUCUUCUUUGUCGCAAAUCACGAGGGAACCAUCAAAACACGAAAUAUCGAUGAGAAGAUUCAGUUCUCUCAUGUUGCCGAUCUUCUCACCAGCAAUGUUCCACCACUGGCCUUCUGA